GUGAUGUCGCUGCCUGUGAUCUUGGAGAAUUUAGCUGUCAGGGUCGCAUUUUAACGAUACAGAUCCUCAGCGGGAGGAUAUUAAUUUUUAUUUAUACAUAUAUAAAUAAAACCUCUGUCCUGUACGUCCAGAUUAAUCAUGCUACGAGUGAGAUCUAUCAUCUGGCAGUCUUGGAGGGGGUUCAAGACCUUUUCGUGUGCAGCUGUGGAGGUGAAGAAUGAGCCCAUUCUGGGGUUCAAAGAGGGCAGUAAAGAGAGAUCAGAACUGGAGAAGGCAUUACAAAACCUGAAGGGAAAGACGGAAGAAAUUCCAUGUGUGAUUGGAAAUGAAGAAGUGUGGACCAAAGAUAUCAGAUACCAGCUGUCUCCAUUCAACCACUCUCACAAAGUGUCCAAGUUCUGCUAUGCUGAUAAGGAGCUACUAAAUAAAGCCAUCGAGGCCUCGGUCGCUGCUCGGAGGGAGUGGGAUCUUAAACCCGUUACAGAUCGAGCCCAGAUCUUCUUCAAAGCUGCUGACAGCAUCAGUGGAUCCAAGAGAGCAGAAGUUCUGGCCAAGACCAUGAUCGGACAGGGUAAGACUGUGGUCCAGGCUGAGAUUGACGCUGCUGCAGAACUCAUUGACUUCUUCAGGUUCAAUGCCAAACAUGCGAUUGAGCUGGAACAGCAGCAGCCGUUAGACAGCGAUGGAAGUACUAACACCAUGCUGUACCGUGGGCUGGAGGGUUUUGUAGCUGCUGUCGCGCCAUUUAACUUCACAGCGAUUGGUGGAAACCUGGCCGGCACUCCUGCUAUCAUGGGUAACGUGGUGUUGUGGAAACCUAGUGACACGGCCAUGUCUGCCAGCUACGCCGUCUAUAAGAUCUUGAGAGAGUCUGGAUUGCCACCCAAUAUCAUCCAGUUUGUCCCAGCCGAUGGUCCAGUGUUUGGAGACACCAUCACGUCCUCCAAGCACCUGGCUGGCAUUAACUUCACCGGCAGUGUGCCAACUUUCAGACGAUUGUGGAAGCAGGUCGCCCAGAAUCUGGACAUCUACAGGAAUUUCCCUCGUGUUGCUGGAGAAUGCGGUGGCAAGAACUUUCACUUUGUGCACAAGUCCGCAGACGUUCAUAGUGUGGUGAACGGCACCAUCCGCUCGGUGUUUGAGUACGGAGGACAGAAGUGUUCGGCCUGUUCCAGGAUGUACGUACCAGACUCACUGUGGCCUCAGAUUAAACAGGAACUCCUGGAUGUGCACAAACAGAUCAAAGUGGGAGACCCAGUUGAAGAUUUCAGCACUUUCUUCUCAGCAGUUAUUGAUGAUAAGUCCUUCUCCAGAAUCAAGGGAUGGCUGGAACACGCCAAAACUUCUCCACAUCUGAAGAUCAUCGCUGGAGGAAACUGUGAUAAUAAAAAAGGAUAUUUUGUAGAACCCACCAUUAUUGAAACCACCGACCCACAAGAGAAAAUCAUGAAUGAGGAGAUAUUUGGGCCAAUCCUGACAGUUUACGUUUACCCUGAAAACGACUACAAGAAGGUCCUGCACUUAAUAGACAACACUUCUCCCUAUGCCCUGACGGGAGCCAUCUUUUCCCAAGAUAAGGCUGUUAUUAAUGAAGCAGGAAAGGCUCUGAGAAACGCUGCUGGAAAUUAUUAUGUCAAUGACAAAUCGACAGGAUCCAUUGUGGCCCAGCAGCCAUUUGGUGGCGCCAGAGCAUCAGGCACCAACGACAAGCCCGGCGGGCAACACUAUGUCCUCCGCUGGACGUCUCCGCAGGUCGUCAAGCAAACCCACGUACCCCUUACAGAAUGGAAAUAUCCCUACAUGGGCUAAGAGAUCAUGAACCAAAUGCUUUCCUUCCCUAAAUCCCUCCAUCAAGACUCAUAAAGCAAUCAGUCCCCUUCUUAAUUGUCCUGAAAACACAGUCGAGAGGCCGUUAGACUGUUAAACAGAAACCUGCCCUCUGCUGGUAAUGUUUUCAACAUGCAAACGGCCGCAAACCAGCAGCGACGACUCGAGCUAGUGUGAAUGUACUCAAGGAACUGCACGUCUUUGCAGAUUUCUGUUGCCUCUGGUGUCCGUCCAGCCUUCAGAUAUCAGUGGAUCAUUAAUACGAGGAAUCAAGAGUUCAAACAAAUGCACUGAAAAGUUUCCAAUUUAAUCUGUUAUCAUGAGCUGUGUGAUUUUUCUUUCUUUCAGCAUAUCAAGACAGUAAACAGAUUUCUAUCUUUUUAUAAUUGACAAAUAAGUGGAAGGAAACAGUUUCCAUGUCAAUUCUUCUGUUACAUUUAUACUGAUGUGAUGAGCUUAUUUAAAUGAUUAGAAUUACAUGUGGCAUUCUAAUUUAAAUCUGUAGCAUUCUAAUAGAAUUUGUGUGAAAAGUGUGAAGGCAAACAUGAUGGAGUGUUUUCAGUUUGCAAGGUAUCAAAAACAGUUCAAAUAUCCUUCAUUGGCAGUGCAAUCUAACAACUUACUGUGCCUCAAUAAACACUUGGUGUGGA